UGUGUGUAGGCAGCGGCGCCAGAGGAGGAGGAGCACGAGGAUGCAGCUGCGACAGCGGCCCCGAGAGGGAGCCGCCGCUGCUCUGUGGCCGCGGGGGCUGAGGGACGGGAAUCAGGCCUGGGGGUCGGGCCGCUGAGGGGACCGGGGGUGGCGGUCCCGCUCGAGCUCAGGCCUAGUACCCCAGGAACGUACGGGGCCGCUGGGCGAGGGCCUCCCCCCCCCAGUGUCUCCCCUCGCCCCUCCACGUCGAUGGUGGUGAAGUUGGCGGCGUCAGGGAGCGCAAGGUACCAGGCUGCCUCCUUUAAAGCCAGCUCCUCCUGGGGCGCAUCUCUGGCACCGGCUCACGGACACCUGCGCCGCCGUCUCCUCCUGCCGGCUGAGCCCACCCCUGGCGGCGGGCGGGGGAGGGGCUCCCCCUGCAGGGGCUGUGUCCAGCAGGGCGACGACGGGGACCGUAGGAGAGUAGGGGGACUGGUAAUAUCUGAACAUAUCAAACCAAACAGGGAAACGCUUGCUUCAUCCCUACCACCACAUUUUACCACAAAACAAUGUAACUGUAUGUGGAUUCCAAGCAGGCUAAAAAGAAAAAGAGCUGAUUAGACUUCAGACUGUCUCCUGAACGGGAUGACGGCCACGGCUGCAGUGGAGACACAAAAAAUGGAGAAGAAUGCCUCCAAGGAAGAGAAACAACAGUCUAAGCAGGACAGCAUGGAGAAAAGCAAUGCUGACUCAGAAGAGUGGAUGAACUCCGAAUGUGACCCUGAACAGAUGAUCCUUAAGAGCAGCAACAAUGACAAUAGUUAUCAACCUGGGGAUGUUUACUUGAAAAAAAAGGAAAUUCCCUCUAAGCCACACCGUCAGCUCUAUAGAUCACCCUGCUUAGAUCAUCCAAGCUUCUCCCAGAGCAGCAUUCUGCAAGAGGGGAAGCUUGACUUGGAAAAGGAAUACCAAGCCAAGAUGGAUUUUGCUCUAAAGCUGGGCUAUGCAGAGACACAGAUUCAAUCAGUGUUGAACAAGUUGGGCCCAGAAUCACUUAUUAAUGAUGUAUUGGCAGAGCUCGUCAGACUUGGGAACAAAGGUGAUUCAGAAGGACAGGUCAGCUUGAAUCUUUUAGUGCCUCGGAUUCCCAACUCCAGAGAGAUCACAAGUCCUGAACUGUUUCUCGAAGAUGAAAUAGACAGCAGUGAAAAUUUGAGGCCAGUUGUCAUAGAUGGAAGUAAUGUGGCAAUGAGCCAUGGGAAUAAAGAAGAGUUCUCCUGCAGAGGAAUACAACUUGCUGUGGACUGGUUUCUAGACAAAGGCCAUAAAGAUAUUACUGUAUUUGUGCCUGCAUGGAGAAAGGAGCAAUCCCGCCCUGAUGCACCAAUUACAGAUCAAGAUAUCCUACGUAAACUGGAGAAAGAAAAGAUUCUUGUCUUCACACCAUCCCGAAGGGUCCAGGGCAGGAGAGUUGUCUGUUAUGAUGACCGGUUCAUAGUCAAAUUGGCUUUCGAUUCCGACGGCAUCAUUGUAUCUAAUGAUAACUACCGAGACCUUCAAGUUGAAAAGCCAGAAUGGAAGAAGUUUAUAGAGGAGCGAUUGCUGAUGUAUUCUUUUGUGAAUGACAAAUUUAUGCCUCCAGAUGAUCCUUUAGGACGCCAUGGCCCAAAUCUUGAAAAUUUCUUGAGAAAGAGACCUGUUGUUCCAGAGCACAAGAAGCAACCAUGCCCUUAUGGCAAAAAAUGCACCUAUGGCCACAAGUGCAAAUACUACCAUCCGGAGCGGGCCAACCAACCACAGCGUUCGGUGGCUGAUGAGCUCCGCAUCAGUGCCAAACUGUCCACAGUGAAAACCGUGAGUGAAGGCACCCUGGGCAAGUGCGGCACAGGGAUGUCUAGUGCCAAAGGUGAGACAACCUCAGAAGUCAAACGUGUGGCCCCCAAGCGCCAAUCAGAUCCCAGCAUCCGGUCCAUGGCUGUGGAGCCCGAGGAAUGGGUGUCCAUUGCCCGUAAGCCUGAGGCCAGCUCUGUCCCCUCACUUGUGACUGCCCUAAGUGUCCCCACAAUCCCACCCCCUAAAAGCCAUGCAGUGAGUGCACUCAACACCCGUUCAGCCAGCAGCCCGGUGCCAGGAUCCUCUCAUUUCUCCCACCAGAAGGCCUCACUGGAGCACAUGGCCAGCAUGCAGUACCCCCCGAUCCUGGUUACCAACAGCCAUGGGACCCCUAUUAGCUAUGCUGAUCAAUACUCAAAGUUUGAGUCCUUGGGGGACCAUGGCUACUAUUCAGUGUUAGGCGACUUCUCCAAACUGAACAUCAAUAGCAUGCAUAAUCGAGAGUACUACAUGGCUGAAGCAGACCGAGGGGUAUAUGCCCGAAAUCCCAGCCUCUGUCCUGACAACCGUAUGAGCCAUACCAGGAAUGACAACUAUUCCUCUUACAACAAUCUAUACUUGGCUGUAGCUGAUAGUCAUCCUGAAGGCAGUUUGAAGCUACAUCGCUCCGCAUCUCAGAACCGUCUUCAGCCUUUUCCUCAUGGUUACCAUGACGCCUUAACGCGAGCACAGAGCUAUGGCCCAGAGGAUUCUAAACAAGCCCCCCACAAGCAGUCAGUUUCCCACUUAGUUUUGCAAGCCCAGCACCCAGCAACUGGAGCCUGCUCCAGCUGUCCUGGAGACUACCCUAUGCCUCCCAAUAUCCAUCCUGGGGCAACCCCUCAGCCAGGACGUGCCCUUGUAAUGACUCGGAUGGACAGCAUUUCUGACUCCCGCCUCUAUGAGAGCAACCCCAUGAGGCAAAGACGACCUCCUCUGUGCCGGGAACAACAUGCCAGCUGGGAUCCAUUGCCCAGUGUAACUGAUUCCUAUGGGUACCACUCCUAUCCCUUGAGUAACAGCCUCAUGCAACCAUGCUAUGAGCCAGUUAUGGUACGGAGCGUGCCUGAAAAGAUGGAACAGCUUUGGAGGAAUCCUUGGGUUGGAAUGUGCAAUGAUAACAGGGAGCAUAUGAUCCCAGAGCACCAGUAUCAGACUUAUAAGAACCUCUGUAAUAUUUUCCCUUCAAACAUCGUCCUUGCAGUGAUGGAGAAGAAUCCCCACACUGCAGAUGCCCAACAACUGGCAGCUUUGAUUGUUUCUAAGCUUAGGGCUGCUCGUUGACAUGACAUAGGACUUAUUCCUUUAUACAAAAAUAAAUAUUAAUAUUAAUAAUGCACUAAUACUAUGAUAAUAAUAACAAACAAUUUUGUGUUGCGCUUUACAAGUUACAAUGUUUAUGUUAUUUGAAGCGCAAAACAGCCCUGUAUGGUAAAUCUUACUAAUGUCUUAUUUUCUAGAAAAGGAAACUAAAUCUCACUGAGAUUAAGUUACUUGCCAAGAUCACACUGCUAGCAAGUGACCAAACCAGGACUCAUACUCAAGUCCUCUGACUCCAAGUCCCAUGCUUUUUCGCACGGCACCAUGCAAUGGAGGACAAAACUCAGGGGAAGAGGUCUAAAUACAAGAAACUCCCAAGGGAUUCCAUUACCAAUGCUUUCUUAAUCACAUUCUACAUUACAAAGUAUUGAUAAUAUAUCUAAUUUAGAGAGCAGGAUCAAAUCACAUGUUGAAUUAAUCUUUUGGGAUUUUUAAUAGGAUAUUUAAAGCUAUUUAAAAGUAAAUGCAUAAAUUAUUGCAUGAAUAUCUGACCAUUCAAUAUCUUUACUAACCAAGCUACAGGGUCACAUCAAGGCUUCUAGAGAUAUAUUUCAAACCUACUGUUAACAACUAUAGUGCAUGUAUAACUGUAAAUAUUUAGUUUGAGAUGUUUGUGUAUCUCCAUAUAACCUUUUAUAUAGUGAUGAUAAGAAAAGCUCUGCACAGUCCUUAGUCUACAGUUGUAUAGCUCACGAAUCCAACUUGAUUUUAUGUCACAUUUCAUAGUUUCAACUAGUUUUGAAAGUGAAAUUACAUGCCAAUAUUUGAAUAUUGUUUUCUUAGACAUCAGAGCAUACUAGCUCUAUUUUCUUUGCACUUUUUACUUGUCAACAGUUACUGAUAGUUCUUAGCUUUUAAGUCUCUUCACCUUAGCAAAUUAGGGAUCAGAUUACAGCUUUCUUCUUCAGAGGAGCUGAUGGAUAAGCUCAAGUUCUAAGCAUAGCAGGUGUGUGCUAGACAAGCACAGAAAAGUUUGAGAGGACCAAGGGAUUUACUACCAGACUCCACGUCCCUUUUCCCAGGGGUGAUGGUCAAACUUGUGCAGCAUUACAUGAUGGACACAAAAGCUGCACUCAAAGAGAGUCUAAUGGAUACUCUGUAGACUUCUGACCUAUGCAGUAUUCCACAUAAAAGGAUAAAAUGUAAUGGAGGACAGUGCACAGACAUGUAAUCCACUUUCUUCUGCUGUCUACCCUUUGGGCAAUAAGGUCAAUAAUUGAUGGAACAGAAUUUCUUUAGGAAAUAAAACCAGGGGAUUUUCUAAGUGGAAAAAGGCAGCUCACAAAAGGGGUUGCUACAUCUUUGCUAAUAGCUGGUUCAGUUAUGCACUUCAAAUACAUGCAAAGAGGAUGCACUUAUCCUUAGAUAAUUCUUAAAUGCAUUACUAAACACUGCAGGACUUUGGGUUGGCACCAUUUGUGCAACUAGUAUCUUGCUCAGGGUGGAAACCUUUGUAGCUAAAUGCCUCUAAAAGAGGCAUUUAUUUUUUUAAGCCGUACUAAAUGAACCCCUUUUUUAAUCCAUUGUAUAUUAAACAUUUUGGACCAUGACCUACUCACUACUUCUUGAGAUGGAACUUGCUAAUUUCUAUGAAUUUUUUUUUGUCAUGAAAGUUGAGAAGGCCUGGAGUAGGUCUUUUGUGUGACACUGCCUAUAAAUGUUUCUUACUGUGAAACAUUCCACAUGUGAGGCUGUAGUCAGGGUUGUUUUUGGUUGUUUGAUAAUGGCUUGCAUGCUGCUUUUUGGCUUUCUGUCUCUGUCCUUGUUGACCAAAACUGCAUUUCAACCAGCAUUUCUCUUCAGUUAAUCACAGCUUCAUAUUCAUCUUCUACCCUCUGAUCUUUCUGUUCCCCAGCAUAUUGAGGUGUAAAAGUAUUUUCUGUCAGGUAUAAAAUAGAGAGUGACAGUUGCCACUGAAGUGUUUGCAAUUCACACAGUUUCACCCAAAUUUCACACAAAUACCAUUUCCUAUCUUCAACUUCUUGGACCUCCUGAAUCUGUCCCAUGUCUAAAUCAGGGUAUUUGAAAAUCUUAGAUGACUGUACUGCCUUUGUGCCAGUUCAUCUUCCUACCACAAUCAUCAAUGGUACCACAGUAUCCACUAGUUGCGAAAUUUACAGGGAAGCACAUGGUUUAUCUUGUCAGCUGCAAUUUAUCUUGAACAUGUUCAUGUUUAGUACUCAGAAAAACUGUAGACUCCUCCCAACACAAGAAAUAUUUUAGGGCAGCAUAUGUAUUUUUUAUUUUCAAAAAAACAAUUGUCAUUCUUCUUAUAAAAUGUGUAUGAACUGAAGUAACAAAAAGCAAUGCCUAAUUAACCAUAAAUGACCUUUUGUUGAUACAAAUUAUAUCUUUUUUCCCUGAUUGUAUAAAAAACAAGUGUACAAAACUGAUAAUAAACUAAGUUAGGUAACUGACUUUCACCAUGAUGUUUCUGGCAUUGUGUGUCACAGGAAAGCAGCCUGGGAGGUCAUGAGUAAGCUAUUUCCAAAGAGCAAGCUUCUUUAUUACUAUGCACACAGCUAUUGUGUGUACAGUUUCAAGCAUUAUUUUGCAUAAGUUCUCUUUAGCCUAUUAAAUUUAAUAUGUCCCUGCAAAGGGAAUUUUGUGUCAAAAGUG